AUGUCCAUCCGAAGGGUCCUGAAGUAUGGUGUCGUCGGUAGCACCAUACUGGGGACGGCCGUCAGUCUGCACGCCAACGACUACGACCUCAACUCGGUCGGUAUCGUACGGCUAGGGCGUGCCGGUGCUACGGUAUUCGACAUCGCCACCACCUACCAAGCAAACCUGUACAGCCGCGAAUGGCCCGACAAAAAGUCGCCCGAGUAUCUGAAGCUAAAAAGUGACACGCAUCGAGCGGCCGCUGAAAAACUACUUCAACUCUGCCGCACAAACCGUGGCGUGUACAUAAAGGUGGGCCAACAUAUCGGUGCGCUCGAGUAUCUUCUGCCACCGGAGUACGUUACCACGAUGAAGGUACUGCACAGCAACGCACCGCAAAAUCCUGUCGAAGAUCUUUAUCGUGUUAUAAGACAAGAUUUGCGGGUGGAUCCACACGACCUGUUCGAGUCCUUUGAUCCGGAACCGCUCGGGACGGCUUCCCUGGCACAGGUACACCGUGCCACGCUUCGGGAUGGGCGUGAAGUAGCGGUCAAGGUACAGCAUCCGUACGUGAAGGGAAACUCCAUCGUCGACAUCAAAACGAUGGAAGUGUUGGUGAAGCUAGUCGCGUGGGCCUUUCCCGACUUUAAGUUCCAGUGGUUGGUGGACGAAUCGAAGCGCAACCUGCCGAUGGAGCUAGACUUUGCGAACGAAGGCCGCAACGCGGAAAAGGUGAAGGAAAUGUUUCGCCACUAUCGGUGGCUUAAGAUACCGGGCGUCAUCUGGGAGUACACGACACCACGCGUACUCAUGAUGGAGUACACGAAAGGUGGCCAGGUGAACGAUCUGGAGUACAUCCAGCGGGAAAAGCUCGAUCCGUACGAUAUUGCGAACAAGAUCGGUCAGCUGUACUCGAACAUGAUCUUUCUGAAGGGAUUCGUGCACAGUGAUCCACAUCCGGGCAAUAUUCUGGUGCGGCGCGGCGAGCAGAACGGUGGCACAGAGAUUGUGCUGCUCGAUCAUGGACUGUAUGCGGAACUGACGGAGAAAUUCCGUUACAACUAUUCGAAGUUGUGGCUGAGCAUUCUGCAGGUGGAUCAGAACGGUAUGAAGAAGUAUGCGCAGGCGCUGGGCGUUGAGGGUAGUAUGUGGGGGCUGUUUGCGUGUAUGGUGACGGGGCGGCCCUGGAAUUCGGUCAUUCAUGGGGUGGAUAAGGUGAAGCAGGAUGAUGCUGAGAAAGAACUGAUCCAAAACGAAGGCAAACUCGUACUGCCGCACAUUUCCGACGUGCUCGAGAAGGUCGACCGCCAGAUGCUGCUUGUGCUGAAGACGAACGAUCUAAUACGAGGCAUAGAAACUACACUUCGCACCCAGAACCGUAUGACAGCGUUCUGGGUGAUGUCCAAGUGUUGUGUGAAAAGCAUAGGUAGCCAGGAGUAUCUUACAGCAGCGGACACGUGGAGCAAGCUAGCGACCUGCAUACGGGAACAGUGGAGCAUACUGAAGCUAAAUCUGUACUACCUUUACCGGGGGAUCGUAUCGCUGCAUCUACUGUCGGCGCUGAGAAUGAUCUUGUAA